AUGGCGGACAUUGCUUCCGAAAUUCCGCCGACGACGGCCCCAAAUGCGACCGUUUUCACUUUUGAAGAGCAGGUAAGCUCAAAAAGUUCGUUUGCUAACUCUGAAUAAAAAAAUUUUCAGGCCACGAGCUCUCUGGCUCUCUACGGAAUGUCAAUUCUGUGCAUCAUCGUCGGAAGCAUCCGUUCGUCACAGUAUAUCCGAAAAAUCAUCGAGAAAAAGCGAUUAGUGGACGGAUCGAUAACUUUGAGAGAGGCGAAAAAGUUCCCGUUGUCCGCUUCGAUGGUCCUUUUCGGAUUGUACAUUUUCUUCAAACCCGCCGGCGAACGGUUCCUUUGGGUGGCGGCCGUGGCGCAAAAAUUGAGAGUUCCCGAGGAGUACGUGCAGAAAAUCAACGAGACAAUCAUUGCGUACACGGCUACCAACACGACCACGGAGUCGGGAGCUACUGAGAACGUUGCCGAGCCGCUUUUGGUCCGAUUAGUUCACAAAUUGCCGCAGGACAAGGUAGGAGGGAUUUUUUUUUAAACAAUGCACUUUUUUAUUAAGAAAAACUUGAUAUGAUUUAAAUGCAAUUUGUAGAUCCCGGAAUUGUUGCACAUCUGGGCGGCGUCGAUCCACGAGCAGCUGGCGGCGGUCGGAAAGCAAGAGCUAAUGUACCUUCUGACGUUCCUGAUCUGUUUCGAAGGACUGACGGCGCUCGCCUCACUUCUGAAGCCCUUCGUGACCGGAUUCCUGCAAAAUAUCCCAUUUAUGCCGUUCAGCUUCAACACUCCCUACCUGAUUUCGCUGAAAAAGGGCAAGAAGGAGAUGGAGGAGGGCGACAUUGAGGAGGCGCACUCGCGAGACACCGAAUACGUCUUCAAGAUCGAAUACGACCGCCACGACGUGAUCGCACUGCUCCUCUGCUCGCCGGUGCUCAUUUCGCACCUCUACAAACGUCAUUGGAUCACCAACAAUCUCAUUGGCAUCAGCUUUUCUAUUUUGGGAAUCGAACGCCUUCACUUGUCGAGUUUCAAGGCCGGAGCCCUUCUUCUCUGCGGACUCUUCCUCUACGACAUCUUUUGGGUUUUUGCCACCGACGUGAUGACUUCUGUCGCGAAGGGAAUCGACGCGCCGAUCCUCCUCCAAUUCCCGCAGGACAUUUACCGAAACGGACCGUGGGAAGCCAAUAAGUACAGUAUGCUCGGCCUCGGCGACAUCGUCAUUCCGGGCAUUUUCAUCGCGCUCCUCCGUCGUUUCGAUCUCCGGCUUGUUGAGACGAGCGCAGAGGCGAAGAACCCAAACAAGAAGACGCGUGCCUACUUUUGGGUGACGGUUGUCGCCUACAUGCUCGGGCUGUUCGUCACGAUGGCCGUGAUGCACCAUUUCAAGGCGGCUCAGCCGGCCCUUCUCUAUCUGGUGCCGUGCUGUCUGUUCGUGCCUCUUCUGUUGGCCGCAAUCCGUGGAGAAGUCUCGGCUUUGUGGAAUUACGACGAGGGAAAGUACGUGGACAACGAGGAGAACCGGAAACGCGUCGAUUCGGCCAAGAAGAACAACUAA